CAGGGGCUGCCACCCGCCUGGGCCAAUGCAAGCUGUGCAGCCACCGGCGCGCUCGCGAGGCCACCGGCGCCCAGAGCACCAGUCCGCUAUUGGGUGUCUAUGAUCUGCAAGCCAGGCUAGCUCUCUCGAGGUUCAGGCUAGCUCUUUCAAAUGCCAGAGGGUGCUCUCAAGAGCCAGCCAAGGAAGCUGAGAGCCCAGGAGCCAAGCUACUGCACUCACCGGCGCACGACUGGAUAAAGGACAGCUUCGGGGUGCUGGAGAACCCAGAGAACCGAGUGUUCGUGGAAAGCAAGAUGUCACAGUAGAAUCUUGGCCCCCAGAGCCCACCAAGGUGAAAGGAAGAUCUCUGCUUGGUUCUAAGCUGACCGAAAAGCAGCCAGGGAGAUGGCAUCUGAGCAAGGCAAUGGGAGUCAACUAUGGAUACCCUCUCCAUUUGACAUCAAUGGCUCACUGGGGCCAAGCAAUUACUCCAACCGGACCGAGCCAUACUACGACAUGACAAGCAACGCGGUCCUCACGUUCAUCUACUUCGUGGUGUGCGUUGUCGGGCUGUGCGGCAACACUCUUGUCAUUUACGUCAUCCUCCGCUAUGCGAAGAUGAAAACCAUCACCAACAUUUACAUCCUCAACUUGGCUAUCGCGGAUGAACUCUUCAUGCUGGGGCUGCCCUUCUUGGCCAUGCAGGUGGCACUGGUCCACUGGCCCUUUGGCAAGGCCAUCUGCCGGGUGGUCAUGACUGUAGAUGGCAUCAAUCAGUUCACCAGCAUCUUCUGCCUGACGGUCAUGAGUAUUGACCGUUACCUAGCUGUGGUCCACCCGAUCAAGUCAGCCAAGUGGAGACGGCCCCGGACAGCCAAGCUGAUCAAUGUGGCUGUGUGGGGCCUCUCUCUGCUGGUCAUCCUGCCCAUCAUGAUAUAUGCUGGCCUCCGGAGCAACCAGUGGGGGAGGAGCAGCUGUACCAUCAACUGGCCAGGUGAAUCUGGGGCGUGGUACACAGGGUUCAUUAUCUAUGCCUUCAUCCUGGGGUUCCUGGUACCCCUCACCAUCAUCUGUCUUUGCUACCUGUUUAUCAUAAUCAAGGUGAAGUCCUCUGGAAUCCGAGUAGGAUCGUCCAAGAGGAAGAAGUCAGAGAAAAAGGUCACCCGCAUGGUGUCCAUAGUAGUGGCUGUCUUCAUCUUCUGCUGGCUCCCUUUCUACAUCUUCAAUGUCUCUUCCGUGUCCGUGGCCAUCAGCCCCACCCCUGCCUUGAAGGGCAUGUUUGACUUUGUAGUGAUCCUCACCUACGCCAACAGCUGUGCCAACCCCAUCCUAUAUGCCUUCUUAUCUGACAACUUCAAGAAGAGCUUCCAGAAUGUUCUCUGCUUGGUCAAGGUGAGUGGUACCGAGGAUGGGGAAUGGAGCGACAGUAAGCAGGACAAAUCCCGGCUGAAUGAGACCACAGAGACCCAGAGGACCCUCCUCAACGGAGACCUCCAAACCAGUAUCUGAGAUAGCCGGAAACCCACCAUGCACGCACACACACAAGCCAAGCCUGCCUCCGGGCAGUGCGUUUCCCACUCACCUGCUUCCUGCCUCCCCACCCAUCCUAGCUGGCUUGUUCUACAUGAGCCCAGUUCAGAGGACAGGAUUUGAGUCUCUUCCGCUGACUACUUCUCCCUUAAAGUGAACAUUUUCCUGCAGGCAGACAAUUCAAAGCCUGGAGAAGAGGACAUCAUUGCCUGGGUGUGACGUUGAAGAAAGCAGCCGCCCAGGAGAA